AUGAAACCUCUAGUGAUCCCCGUUGUUGAAGAAAAAUUUUCUCUUGAGAAAUUAAAUUACUUUAAUCCCAAAAGUAUAUUCGACGCGGAUUGGAGUCUGGACCUCCACGGAUAUCUCACACGCGACGAGUUCGACACUAGACUUGCGGAAAUUAACCAUGCUAUUCGAAACGUCCCACUAUUGAGCAAGAGAAUAAGGACUUUCACUGAUUGGAGUUAUGGCAUAACCACUUCUGUCAUGACUUUUAUUUUCCUUGGAGGUCUUUUCACAGGUGGAUUUCGCACUGGCCCCAUAGUCAGUUUUGUACUUGAAGUUUUGUUUAGUUUGGGGUACAUUGCGAUCAGACUUUUGGUCACUAAGCUAACGGAACGACGCGCCAAAGAAUUCACGGAUGCCUUGAACGUAUUGUUUAAACAGUAUAAUUAUCAGGAUAACCCAACAGCAAAUUGGAAACUUGCGUGGCGCCCCGUUAUUUCUCAUAUUAACAUAAAGAUGAAGUCAACUUCGAUUGGAAACGUUGGUGGAAAAGCCACUCCAAAAUAUGCCUCGCAAGCAGAAAUUAUACUUGAAAUCAGUGAUUCCCUUUCGGAUCUUACAGCAAAAACCGUUCAUUUCAAACUUCCGCCUCAAGUCAUUCGUGAGAUGACUAUAAGUACAUAUUAG